AUGAGGGAGAAUGAAUCAACAUAUUAUAUUCAUUGUUUUGCUCAUCAACUUCAAAUUACUCUUGUUGCUAUUGCAAAAAAUGAUGUUCAAGUAGGAAAUAUUUUUAACAUGUCAGUCGAUCUAGUAAAUGUUGUUAGAGCUUUUCGUAAGUGGCAGGAUAUCCUUCGAGAAUGUCAAGUUGCUCAUGUUUCUGAAGCAUUAGCAAAUGGUAAACUUACAAGUGGACAUGGACUGAAUCAAGAAGCUAUGCUUAAAAGAGUAGGAGAUACACAUUGGGGUUUACAUUAUGGUACGCUUGCAUCUUUGAUUGUUAUGUUUCCAUCCGUGGUAGAUGUUCUUGAUUAUGUUGUUGAGGAUGGUUCAGAUCCUAAACAAAGAGCUCAAGCUUCGACUUUGUUAAAGUUUAUACAGUCUUUUGAUUUCAUAUUUAGCUUACAUUUGAUGAAGACCAUGUUAGGCAUUACAAAUGAAUUAUCAAAUGCCUUACAAAGAAAAGAUCAAGAUAUUGCUAAUGCAAUGAAAUUAGUGAAGUUAUCAAAACAAAGACUACAAAUGUUAAGAGAUGAUGGAUGGGAUGGUUGGGCAAGAGUGAGGCUGAACUUGUGCCAUGAGUCGUCUUCGGGUGAGAUAAGGACUGAUAGAGUGGUGCAAGAUGGAGUUUUGCAGGCCCCUUAA